AUGAUUGAUAAAUUUCUUGAAUAAGCUUAUUAAGGAGAGUUGCUUAAUGAAAAUGCCAUCAAGUUUAUCUGUUUAACCUUGAAAGAGAUUUUUUCUAAAGAACCAAAUGUAAAAAAGAUCCCGACUCCAGUCACAAUAGUUGGAGAUGUUCAUGGCCAAUUAUACGAUGUUUAAGAGCUUUUUAAAGUGGGAGGAAAGCCACCCUUUACGAAUUAUUUGUUUUUAGGCGAUUAUGUUGAUAGGGGUGCUCAUAGUGUAGAAGUCAUUACAUUGCUUUCCCUCCUUAAAGUAAAAUUCCCAAAUAGAGUUACAUUGAUUAGAGGAAAUCAUGAAACUAGAGGGAUUACUCAAAAUUAUGGAUUUUACAUGGAAUGCCAAUAGAAAUAUGGGAACACUCAAGCAUGGGAAUACUUUACAGAUAUGUUUGAUUAUAUUCCUAUUGCUUGUAUUGUUGGUACAAAUCUAUUGUGUGUGCACGGAGGACUGUCCCCAUGCAUAGAGAGUGUGGAUGAGAUAGAGCAUUUGAAUAGAUUCUAAGAGAUUCCUCAUGAGGGAGCAUUUACAGAUAUUAUGUGGUCUGAUCCUGAUGAUGAAGAUACUCCUGGAUUUAAAAUAUCUCCAAGAGGAGCAGGCUUUGUUUUUGGAGGUUAAGUUCUUAAGGAAUUUCUACAUUUCAACAACAUGACACAUCUGAUCAGAGCUCAUUAAUUGUGCAACGAAGGAUUCAAUUUGAAAUUUGAAGACAGAUGCAUUACUGUUUGGAGUGCUCCUAAUUACCUAUAUAGGAAUGGGAAUCUGGCUUCGAUUCUUGAAAUUGAUGAACAGGACAAUCUGAGAGUCCUGAAAACAUGA